AUGAGCAACACCGAGGACCCCCAGGAGAGGCCGCAAGACAUUAACCAGAUCAUCAAUGGUCUGGAGCGGUACAACCCAGAGGCCGUCGGCCCCCUCGAGAACUACCUCCAGCAGCAAUGCGAGCAGCGGUUUUGCGACGGCAAUGCGAACAGGGUACUGCUGAAGCUGUACCAGCUGAACCCAGACCGCAUUAAGGAUGAGGUCAUCACAAACAUCCUCGUCAAGGCAAUGACCGCCUUCCCGUCACCACAGUUCAACCUCGCCCUGCACCUCCUCGCCCCUUCAUCCCUCGCCCCCGGCACCGAGCUGUCCGAGGCCGUCACCAAGCUCCGAGCCCUCAACGCACACCUCCAGGGCGCAUCCUUCAGCCGCUUCUGGGCCACCCUCGACUCGGACGACCUGUAUGCCGAUCUGACCACCGACAUCGACGGUUUCGAGGACACCAUCCGCGUCCACAUCGCCCAGAUUGUCAGCGAAGCCUUUAGGGAAGUGCAGAUCGACAUUCUGGAGGGUUGGCUCGGCCUGGAGGGUAAGGACGCCGUCCAGAAGUAUGUCACCGACACAUGCGGCUGGAAGGUCGAGGGCGACAAGGUGCUCGUCCCCAAGAACGCCGACAACGAGGCCAAGAAGGCAGAGAUCAGGGAGGACGUCAACGUGGACAUGUUCGCACGGAUCAUCCGGAGGUCAUGGGAGGAAGUUGCCUAA